AUGGGAGGAAACUAAUCUUCAGUUCACAUUUACUCAGAACCUGUUACUGAAAAAAAAGAUGGCGAAACAUCUGUAUAUAGAAAUGUGCAAUCAAAAGAAAAAUUAUUAGAAUAUCCAAGCGAAGAUCUCUAAACAAUUUAAGCAGCAAUAUUGAAAGCUAAUAGCUUGUACAAAGACUAGGAGUUCAUAGGCUAAAGAGAUGCAAAUACUAAAAAAUUCACUUAUAAAACAUACGGAGAAGAGUACCUUUAGGCAAGGGCAGUUGGUACAUAAAUAAAAAGAUUAAAUCUUGCAUUCAAAACUAAUGAAUAUAAGAAUAUUGAUCUCAGCUUAAUAGGUAUUUAUGCUAAAAAUCGUGUUGAAUGGAAUACAGUAGAUAUGGCUUGUGCUCUCUACGGAGUUACAGUAGUACCACUAUAUGACACUCUUGGCCACGAGACAAUCACAUUUGUUUUUGAAUAAACAUAAAUGACUACUUGUUUUUGCUCAGCUGCAAGCGUUAAUACCUUAGUCUAAACACCCAAUUUGCAUAAAUUAGCUAAUAUCGUUUACUUCGAUCCACUAACAGAAGAAACCAAAUAACAAAUUGAAAGCAGAGGAAUCAAAUUAAUUAGCUAUGAAGAAAUUUUAAAAGAAGGAGCAUCUAAUUUAGAAGAGCUUCCCCAAAACUUAAAUCCAUAAUAAGUAUUUACAUUUAGCUACACUUCGGGAACAACUGGUCUUCCAAAAGGAGCCAUGCUUACACACAAAAACUUCAUGUCGGCAGUUUCCGCAUUGGGAGAAUUUGAUAUGAACAACACAGACACUUUACUUUGCUAUCUCCCUCUUCCACAUGUAAUGUAGAGAGUCUUAAACGUAAUCUCAUGGUGCAAAGGUACUAAAAUAGCGUUUUUCGGUGGUGAUAUGCUAAAACUAAAAGAAGAUAUCUAAGAUAGUAAACCCACUAUUUUUGUUUCUGUACCUAGACUUUUCAACAGAUUUUAUGACGUCAUUCUAGAUAAUUUGAAAAGAGUAGAGGGAUUUAAAUAAAGCUUAAUAUAGACAGCAAUUAAGACUAAAUUAGAAAAUUUAAAGACUAAAAAUUAAUACAAUCACUUCCUCUAUGACAAAUUAGUCUUUAACAAAAUUAAAGACAUUUUUGGAGGACGAGUUAGACUGGUUGCAAGUGGAUCAGCUCCAAUUUCUUCAGAUGUACUUGAUUUUUAUAAAAUUGUUUUAGGAUGCCCAGUAUACGAAGCAUAUGGAUAAACAGAAGGAAUGGGUUUACAGUUUAUGACCUCUAGACAAGAUAAAUAAUCUUGUGGAUACGUUGGUGGUGUGUGCUCUCAGCUAGAAAUGAAGCUAAUUGACGUCCCAGAAAUGAAUUACUUUUCCACUGAUAAAAAUGAACAUGGAGAUAUUAUUCCAAGAGGUGAAAUUUGUGUUAGAGGUAGCUCAGUCUUUGCAGGGUAUUAUAAAGAUGAGGAAAAAACCAAAGAAGCAAUUGAUGAUGAAGGAUGGUUACAUUCUGGAGAUAUUGGUAGCUUACUACCAAGUGGGUCUCUUAAGAUAAUAGAUAGAAGAAAAAACAUAUUUAAAUUGAGUUAAGGUGAAUAUGUAGCUCCAGAAAAAGUAGAAAAUAUCUAUGUUAGAGCUAGGGGUGUUGCAGAAGCUUUUGUCUAUGGAGACUCUUUAAAAAAUAAUUGCGUUGCAGUUAUUGUUCCUAACCCAGAUGAAAUUAAAAGAAUAGCUAAAGAACUUAAUGUAGAUAAUGAAGAAGAUAUUUCUAAAUUAUGCUAGAUUCCUUAAAUUAUUCAGUUUUAUUAAAAAUCUAUUUUUGAGCAUGGAAAAGCUAAUAAACUUUACACUUUUGAAUAAGCUACAAAAAUACAUUUAGAACCUACCUCAUUUAUUCUAUAAGGGUUAUGUACAUCAACUUUGAAGCUAUAACGCUAUUAAGCAAAAUAGCGUUAUGAAUCUGUAAUUAAAAAACUUUAUGAAUGA